GUUACAAGUUUUUGCGUGUGUUUAGUUCAAUCAUAUUUAGCUUGUUCAAUCAAGCAUAUUGUUAAAAAGAAGAUACAACAAUUAACGAAUUGGAUUACAUUUUCAUUGCAUCUACUAUUGGACGGACAUCCGCACAUACAUACGUGUAGCAGAGUUUUUGCAGCUGGAUACUGUGCUACAGUGCUACUGUUCUAUAAUAGAGCAGGCACACCUUACCCCCGCUCACCCCAAAGUCAGGACGUAAUUUGUGAAUAAAGGGGAAAGAGAAGGUGGCCAAAAUGACGACCGUUACCAGCGGCAUUUGCAUCAGCAGCGAUUUCGACUUGGACAUGGAUUUCAGCGACCUGAUGGAACUCAACAUCAACUACAGGCUGCCCAGCAUACAGAACGACGUGGAGAGGAUCGCCGCCGAGCACUCGCACCUGAACAGCUCCUCGCUGUUCGACGACAUAGACUUCAAGCCGGAGAUUCGCAACGGCGACUGCAUGUGGUCCACCUUCGGCAGCUCCGGCACACACGGCGCCAGCAGCAGCGGCGGCAACAACCUCUCGGCCGCGUCCAGCUACAGUGAGAGCAGCGCCGUGCCGCCAGCCUUCGUCAGCGGGGGCGCGCUGUGCAUCAAGCAGGAGCUGGAGGAUGAGGAUCAGCUCGGGGAGGAGCAGCACCAGCAGCUCGGCCUGGAUCACGAUCUCGACCAGGAGCACGACAACGACAGCAACAGCGAGAACUGCCCCCACAACAGCAACAGCCACAGCAGCAAGAGAAUGAGGAUGAACAGUUGCAGGUCAACUGGCGGCAGCAGUAAGUCCGCUGCGGCGACGACAGCAACGCACACGAUUCAGAUACCCAGCCGGGCGACGCAGCGGGAACCCACUAUCGAGCCGUAUAUUCCGCCAGGCGGCUCGCUGCUGCGCAAGAGCAACACGCAGCACAAGCUGCAGCAGCAGCAGCAGCAGCAGCAGCAACAGCAACAGCAACAGAAGCUGCAUCAGAAGCUGCAGCAGCAGCGCUACAGCUGUUUGAUAACAAGCAGCAACAGCCUGCCGGAUGACGACCCCAUGCCGGAGGUGUUCAAGCACAACGUGGACCUGCGCGCCUGUGUGAUGGGCAGCAACAAUAUUUCACUGACGAGCAGCUCCGACGAGAACAUCAUCGACCACCUGAGCCGGGAGCUGCAGAACACGAGCAAGGAGCGCAUCGACCUGCCCUACCGCAUCCCGAACGAUCCGCCCAUCAUCACGGACGUGCUGGAGGUGCUCAACCAGCAGGCGCAGCAGUCGGGCCGCUCGGCAGCGGAGGCGGCCGCGGCAGCUGCCGCAACCCUGUCCCCCCCGGCCACGACGGCCACCAGCUCGGACUCCGACUCGGACUACGGCGAUUGCUCCAUGCGCCACAUCAGCGACCACAGCUACACGCGCUGCAACGAGGUGGAGGCCAACCUGGACACGCCCUCAGACUCUGGUGAGUGUUGUGCGCCCCUCUGUUAUACCUAGGAUAAUUAUAAGAGU